AUGUUUCGGGAAUUCAUGCAGUUUCAUGUCACGACCAACAAUCAAAGUAAUCAAGCCUUCAGUGAACUGAGAGAUACCAUGAAUAAGAUAAGCACACAGCUAAAUACCUUAGAAAAAAGGAAAUUUCCUACACAGCCUCAGCCUAAUCCUCAAGUAUAUCGACAGCAACAGCAACUGGUGCACAAUGUUUUAGGGGAUGCUUUUGAGUCAACUAAGGCAGUUAUUACCUUGAGUAGCAAAAAUGAAGUUUCCCAUCCUGAAAUACCUAUUAAUCGACAAAUAGUUACUCCAACACCUGAAGUGAUAGCUGAGAGAGAUAAAGGAAAAGAAAAAUCAAAUGAAGCAAGCUCAAGUUCAAAGAAGUCAGGUAAUAAAGAGGAUGUGACUGUUAAGGAGUAUCAACCUGUGGUACCCUAUCCUCAGCGGUUGACAUCUGGUCAUAAAAAUAAGUAUCACAUUGAGAUCCAAGAAAUAUUCAAACAGGUGGAGAUCAACAUUCCACUUUUGGAUGCUAUACAGCAACUUGAGGCAUUUGAUGAAAAAUUGUCAGGAUCAGAGGGGCAGUUUCUAGAGAUAGAUGGUUCCCCUCACUUGUUGGAUGCAAGUUACACGAGUAGUUGGUGUAAGCCAACAUUUGAGGCUAUUGACCUGCCCGAAAUUAUGAAGUCAUCAAAAGAAGAAAUUCCAACACUUGAGUUGAAACCAUUGCCUGAAGAGCUGAAAUAUGUUUUCUUGGGUCUAGUAGAAGGCACAUUCCCUGUGGUAAUUUCUUCUCACCUUACUCUUAAACAAGAAACUGAGUUAUUGCAGGAAUUUGACAUCACUAUUCGAGAUAAAAAGGAUGUGAAAAAUGUUGUAGUUGACCAUCUCUCUCAUUUGCAGCUACCUGAUGUGUCUGUAUCUCCCUCUCCCUUAAAUGAUGAUUUUCCUGAUGAGCGUCUUUUUGCAGUGUCACACGCUUCGUGGUUUGCCGAUAUUGUGAAUUACCUUGUCACCAAUCGAAUGCCAGAACAUUGGUUAACUCAGGAUAAGCCUAAGUUCCAUGCGGAGAUUAACUUUUCACUUGAUGAUGCUAAAGGUUUAAGGAAAUUACAGGUAUGUGAGCUUGAAGAGUCUAGGAGGGAAGCUUAUGACAAUGCUCGCUUAGCCAAGGAGCGGAUGAAAUUGCAUGUGUUUCCUGGGAAACUAAAGUAUGGGGUGACCCAUACGUCGUUGAAAAAGUUCAUUCUCAUGGCGCGGUAA